AUGAAAAAGGCUAUUAAAUCCUCGGCAGGUUCUAUUUCUCGAGAUUCUGAUCUGAAUAGUUUUACAUCAGUGUCUACUGAUUCCUUAUCAUUGAUUUCAUCGGAUAUAAGAUUGCUCACUAUGACUCAUUUACAGAAUAAUUUAGAUGAACAAUUGCGAAAUUCCAGACAAAAUGAAGGGGAUCAGAUUGUUUCAGCAGAUGAGUUCCUUAUAUGGAACAAUCCGGAAAACCUACCAUCUCCACUUUUUCCACCAAAUUCAUUGCCUCCAUAUAUUGUAUUGAUGGAAAGUCUGAAUCAAUCUCUUAAUAUAGGUAAAUUGAAUCCUAUAGCUGUUGCCGAUCUGAUACAUAGUGUCAUUAAAGGCAAUAGAUUGAUUCAAAGAAGUGGCAUCAACAGAGUCAAGAUUACCUGUGAGAGUUUGGAUGAUGCUAAUGUGUUGCUUGGUUCAUCUGAACUUAUUGAGAAUAAAUAUAGGGUUUAUAUUCCUAAAUCUUUGAAGUUCGUUAAGGGUAUGGUUAGGGAAGUGGACUGUUCCUUAUCAGCAAACAAUAUUGCUGACAGGAUGAACCAGGAAAGUCUUAAAGAUCUGGUAUCAAUUAAGCGUCGCAUUACUUAUGAUAAUCAUAUGCUUGAUAUUAUUGAAUUAACUUAUUUAGGUUCAAAAUUGCCGUCGACAGUUCAACUUUCGUAUUUUGAAUUCCCUGUUGUCCCGAUUGAUCCUCGCCCAUUACGUUGUUAUAAAUGUCAGAGAUACAGGCAUGUGGAAACACAAUGUAGAUCGAGAUAUUUCCGAUGCGAAUUCUGCCUUGAAUCUCAUGAAUCCAAGGAUCGUCAUAAUAGACUUAGAUCAGUCAUAUGUUGUAAUUGUAACGGCCCUCAUUCUACUGCCUCGGUUGAGUGUCCGAGGUAUAUCAAAGAAAAGGUAAUAAUGCAAAUACGCCUAGAUCAUGGUAUAGGGUACCAGGAGGCUGAAGCUAAAUUUAACGAAAAUUUAUCUGAAGCUGAAUCGGACGCGCAAGAAAGUACAAUUAGAGAUAGAAACAACAUUGAUACAUCACAUCCUAUGGAUUUAUCAUUAAAUUCUGUUAGCUCGCAUGAUUCUCAUCACGAAGAGGAAGGAGAUCAAUCACAAAUUUCAGAAUUCGAUGAUACGCAAAUAGAAAAUAAAAAUAUUAGAAGUAUUACGCGUUCUAGGUCUGAAGAAAAAAUAACUCGCAAUAUUCUAUUGCAACAACCAAAAUUUGUUCCUCCUGGAUAUGGUCGAUCCUUUUUGAACUCUAUGGGUCAUGAUCAAAUGAGUUUUGAGUCUAACUCUCCAAGUCAUUCAAGGACCAAGCCAGGAGCUACUAGCUCCCCGCUUGAUGAACUUAAUGAAGCUAAAAGAAAGCGUUUGGAAGACACUAAUUCAACGUCAUGA